ACAUUCCUAUUCCUCUCCGGCACUUUUCCUUCUUUCUUCCGUGCUUCCUUAGCUGCCACUUUUACAUCGGCCUCUUACUAGGCGGCUCGAGCGUACAGCCGUCUACGAGGUAUUUAUUUUGCGUUGCAACUUGUCGCGCUACUUGUCGCACUACAGCUCAACACCGGACCGAAGGAAUAUUGCACUAAGCUAAAAACUAACCUACACUCCUGGCAACGACCGGAAUGUUUCCUCCUCAUCGCGUACCACAACCAGCAGUUUUCAAUGACCCUCCCAUGCCACCUUUUUCGCAUCGUAUAAACGGAAGCGAUUAUCCACCAACGCGCUUUCCCGCACCUCGUUUCGGACAUGGUCAUCCAGCACCCUUCGUAGAAGAAAAUUUUGGUGGACCAUCUCGAGGCUCAUUCGGUAGUCGUAGGAGUGCCUCACCUGUUUUCGACGGGGAUACUCACAGAUAUCCGGAUACUGCACGCCCAUUCGACCACAUGAAUCGGCAGGAUGCUUUGGUUGAAGUCGAUUAUUCGCGACCACGCCCUCCACAACAGAUGCACUUUUUAGGCCAACCUCAGUUUCCUACUCCAAUGGAUUUUUCGGGUCCAUCACGCUUCGGAACCAGAGUCGCCCAACCACUGCCGCGCCCUCGCCCUUUCCGACCCAUCUUAGAAAAACCACGUAGAUUUGGACCGCCUCAAUAUGAUACUGCUCGAGCUCGCCGUAUCGCUUUGACGUAUUUUUGCGAUGUGUGCAAAGUGGGUUGUGGGGGACCUAAGGCACUUUACGAUCAUAAGAAUGGCCAACGUCACAAGAAACGCUUGUCCCAAGUCGAAGAAAUGGAGCGUCUUAAAUCCAAAGAAAAAGCACAAGCUGAAAACACCGCUACAAAUCCCAGAACAAACGAGUUUCGUUGCGAAUUGUGCAACGUCGGUUGCACGGGAACCGAUGCGUUUUCUGCCCACCUCACUGGGCGAGUGCACCGACGCACUUUGCGACUGCAUCGCGCGUUGGGCAAACCCAUUCCCUCACUCCCUGAUCCACUUGAUGUCAUUAAAAUGAGUGACGAUUCGGACCGCGAACCUCCGAAAGUAGAAACUCCAUCAACAAACACCGGAGUCACUCACACUCCUACGACGAGGCCGGAUACUACCCCUACUCAACAGACAGCUGCCACGAGGACUGAAGAGAAGCUGGUUGGUGAAGAAUACGUGGUUGCGUUUCCCGCCCCAGGCGGUAUGGGUGUGCAUUUUCGCUGCGGCUUGUGUGAAUGUCAAUUUAACAAUAAAGAAGCCAAAGAAUUGCAUAUGAGAGGCCGACGACAUCGUCUACAGUACAAAAAGAAGGUUGAUCCUCUGCUUGUGGUUGAACCGAAACAGCGCAAGGCUCCUGUCAAGCGAAAAGUUCUGUUGGGUCCCAGACCUGAUAUGUUGGGCAUACCCCCAAUGCCCAAUGCCAGCCUGCUACCCUCAGCUGGGCUAUUGUCACUUCCGGAACCCGCCCCUUUCGGUCGGUUUCCUUAUCAACAACAAGAAGCUGGCAUCCCCCCGACUCCGCCCAUGUCUCAACAGCUCAGUUCUGCAGUGGAAAAUCGUUACAUCCACACGAAACAUGCGAGUAUUGUGCCAACAGAAAUAGAAGCCAAGGCCAUGAAAACGAUUGUUAGCCUCUGUGAGAUCUCUUUGCGAACCAUCAGCGAUGAUUUGAUGAAAGGAGUAAUAGAGGCACGCCGCACUUCAAAUGUCGGGGAUAGUGGGGCCAAGACCUCGAACCAAGGCCAAUCGAAGGAAGCAAAUCGAGGGAUCGCGGACUUGCAAGAAUUGGAGGGUGAUCGUCUGCUGCGUGGAGUUGUUCGUGUUGGACCGCUAGGAAAGAGUCUGUUGCUUCGAGGAGAUCAUCAGGGUGACUUGGUUCUCGACUGUUUGGAAUGGCCAACCACCGAGGUGGUGCAGUUUAUUCAAACCGAACUUUCAAAAACUUUACCGACGAAGGACUCGAACUUUUGGUACACAAUCUCUUCGUGUCUCGACACAGGUAAGGUCACCGUAGUGGCAACCAGGAAGCUCGAGAGCUCGAGGGGAACUACUGAACCGACUCCCAGAGACGCAUGGCCAGUGAUCACCAUACAUAUUCACCUCACUUCCGGUGUGGUUCGUCGUCCACUGUAUGCAGUCAGCGGUGCUUCGGGUGCCGUGGAAGCAGACGGUUCUAAUGCAAUUGCAGGUCCUGCUUUGCACACUGCCCCCGAACAGCCGUCAAACACCAACACGCAAUCUCGUUCACCCGAGCGACUCAUGUUCGCUCGAGGUGAACGGAUUGGCAGACGCCAUUGUUUAGAGGCUCUGGAUGCAAUCGACCAGGCUAAGUGGUUCCAGUCCGUUCUGGUCAAGUAUCCGCUCGGGAUAAUCUCUCGCGUUCUGCUGGAUUUUAUGCGCGCUAAUAAGAUAUGGCUCAACCUCGAACAGUUUUCUUUAUUCGCUUUCUUGGAUCGUUUGCUGACGGUUGAAAUUCAAGUCGCUCUAAGGGCGUCCGGCAAUCCAGCCCUUGCAAACCAUCUGCGUCUCGGAAUGCUGGCUCCUGUUCCAUUUUCUCCUCCCAUUCGCGGUGGGGCUCCUUCAUUUCAGCCAUCGCCACCAAUCACACCCACUAGGCUAUUUCGUCUCUUUUUCGAAGCAAUCUCCUCUGGGAUCCUUCUGCUUCUGCGUCCCGAUGUUCCUACGACGAAAAUUGGUGAUGAUUCCCCGAAUGAAUUAUUUUUCGGUUUCAAACGACUGGCCGAAACACCGAUUGAGAUACGAGAAGAGAUCACUGUCUCUGCCCAGUUUUGCCUCAGGCAGAUCGCCUUCCGGCAGCUUCACAAGGUUUUGCGAAUGGAGCCUUUCUCUAACCACCAGUUGCGUCACAAAGGUUCGACUAACGACGCGUCAGGCCUGCCUGAAUCAGAAGUCAAUGGUGAACUUCUCGGUAGCCAAGACGGUGCUGUUGGUGGCGGGAAACGUCGGCUAACAGAUAGUGAGAUGGACCAUGAUACGGAUGAUGAUGAUGAUUGCUCCGGUGGGAAGCAAAAUCAAAGUGGGGCCAAGGCAUCGGAACGCCCCUAUCAGAACUUGACUAGGCCAGUUGAAUCUAUCUCGUCGACGGACGUUUCUGCGAUGAAUGAUUCAGCAUCUUCUCCGGUAAACAGAAUGUCAUAUGGCUACAAACGUAGCCGUCGAGGUCGUUAGUUUUCGUGGAUCCCCGGUUCACUUACCAACCGCUCGAUUUCCACUUCUCUCUCGGAUGCCCUACUCGCAUUUUCCACUCAUCGUAAACGUUUUGUUGCAUACACUUUUUGCCUAAUUA